UCUUAUCGUGCCGUCAACGCCACUGUAAACAUUAUUCACGUUGUCGCUAUUGUUUUCUUGGGCAAUGUAUCAGUAUCGUGUAUCUUAGACAUGCUUUGUUUAAAAAUUUUCGCCUAAGAAAAAGGUAUCAGCCAACAACAACAACUAUAGCAGUAACAACAACAACACCGCCAUAUUUACUAUCCUCACUUUUUUGCUGUGGCUGCUGCUGCGGCUGCUGAUAUUGUUUUUGCCCGCUUUUUGCCUUUUUGCAAUCGUACGUAGAGUCAACUACAUACAAAUAAAACAAUUUCGAAAACUUAAUGCUUGGACAGACAUGUGUUUUCGUACAACCAGCCCCGGCAUCCAUUGAUUUGAGCCACAGUCAGCCAGCAAAACGGGUGAAGGUGGAAAAUAUGCUUCGCUUUGUGUGUGGUGUCAUUGUUAAUGCAAAUGUCGCGCGUUUUUGAUGUGAUUUGAUACUGAGUUUAACAGAAAAAAGAAGAAAAAACAGCAUAAGUAGCGCGGGCGAUUCAAUUCGAUUCUCGUAUUGACGCUGGCGUCUAAUUAACAAAUAAUAAUUUUACAACAACAAAAAGCCCUGAUAGAAAAAGCUUUAAAAAUUCACUACAACCAGAAAUAAAUGUGCAAUUAAUUUAAAACAAAACAAAAAUCAAACAAAACCAAACAAGUUCUAACAAAACGUAACAACAUAUAAGAAAUCAACUAAAAAUUACAACAAAACAACAGCAAGAAAAAGCUAAAUAAAUAAAAAAGAAAAGUAAAAUAAAAGAAAAAAUUAAAAUAAUAAAUUUACCGUUAUUACUGCUAUACAAAAUUGUUUAAACGACGGUACUCGUUACAGUGUGCGUGUUCAAGUGCUUGAGUGUGCCGUGUGUCGAGUGUGUGUGUGAUUUUUGUGUAAAUUCUUGCGUUGAGCGUUGAAUGUAAUGUAAUGAGAUACGACGUCCAGGAGUUACUUCAUCAGUCUGCUGAAGAUCCAUUCGCAAGGUUCGCAAAUGGGAUGGCAUAUCAUCCAUUUCUGCAUUUGUCACGACCCACUGACUUCAGCGUUUCCUCGCUGUUGACGGCGGGAAACCAAACGACAACAGCAGCUGAUCCUAGUGGUACCACAACGUUACCAGCAGCUUCUUCGCCCCAACAUCACCAUCACCAGCAACAACAACAGCAGCAGCAACAACCACAGCACCAUCAACAGCAACACCAACAGCAUCUUCAGCAAUUGAAUCCUGUUUCAAGUGAACACUUGGGCUGUAUUGGCGGUCAAUCUUCACCGUUGGGUGGACAACAACCGCCACAACUGUCGCCUGGAGAGGUUAGCAAUAAUAACAACAACGAAUCCAGUUGUCCCAGUGGUGUUAAAGCCUUAAACUCCAACGACAACAGCACAAACAGCAGUAACGAAUCCAAUAGGCCUCUAAGUAAUAGUAAUAACAACAAUAACCAAUUGCCGUCGGCUCUUUUAAGUGCAGCGCAUUCAGCAUCCACUCAUAGUUUACCUCCAGCUCAACCACCUCCAUCGCAUCCACAUCAUUCUCCAGUACCUGGUCAUCCGGCAUUGGGCGCCCAUUUGCCGCAACAGCCACCCUAUUUUCCGGCGGCCGCCUUGGCUGCUUUAGCCGGUAACCCAGGUGGUCCACAUCACGGUCUUUAUCCAGGUCCUUUACGUUUUCCACCGCAUCAUCCGCAUCCUCAUCAUCCGUUGGGUACUCCCUAUACCACAGCCGAAGACGUUGUUUUAGCAUCUGCAGUCGCCCAUCAACUACAUCCUGCCAUGCGUCCCCUGCGUGCCCUACAACCGGAAGACGAUGGUGUAGUGGACGAUCCCAAGGUAACGCUGGAGGGUAAAGAGUUGUGGGAGAAAUUUCAUAAACUUGGCACCGAAAUGGUCAUCACGAAAAGUGGAAGACAAAUGUUUCCCCAAAUGAAAUUUCGGGUAUCGGGUCUGGAUGCCAAGGCGAAAUAUAUACUUCUUUUGGAUAUUGUGGCUGCCGAUGAUUAUCGUUAUAAGUUUCAUAAUAGUCGCUGGAUGAUUGCCGGCAAAGCCGAUCCAGAAAUGCCCAAAAGAAUGUAUAUCCAUCCGGAUUCACCUACAACCGGUGAACAAUGGAUGCAAAAGGUUGUUUCAUUCCAUAAGCUUAAGCUGACCAAUAACAUUAGUGAUAAACAUGGAUUUGUAAGUACUACGAUACUCAAUUCCAUGCAUAAAUAUCAACCCCGGUUUCAUUUGGUGCGAGCCAACGAUAUUUUGAAACUACCAUACUCAACGUUCAGGACAUACGUUUUUAAGGAGACGGAAUUCAUAGCUGUGACUGCAUAUCAAAAUGAAAAGAUAACUCAGUUGAAAAUUGACAACAAUCCUUUUGCAAAAGGUUUUCGUGACACAGGCGCCGGUAAAAGGGAAAAGAAUUGUUACAGGCAAGCGUUACUCUCGAAUCGCGGGUCCGAUUCGGAUAAACUAAAUCCCACACAUGUUAGCAGUUCCCGAGCACCCCUGCAUUUGGGUCAUACGGGACGGCCUCCGCAUCAUUUGCAUGCCCUACCCUCCAUACAUGACAAUCAGCAAGAUGAUGAGGACAAGCUGUUGGAUGUGGUGGGACCGCCACAAAGUCCUUUAUUGCCUUUAAGUCAUUCGCUGCAGCAAAUGCAUGCUCAUCAGCAUUCGGCCCUUGCAGCUUGGUUUAACCACUUGGCCGGUGCGAGUGAUCAUGCUAGUGAAGAGGCCUUAAGGCGGCGUCUACAAUCGGAUGAUAUUGAACGAGAUGGCAGCGAUUCUAGCUGUUCGGAGAGUGUGGGAGGCAGUACGGGUGGAGCGUUUCGUCCCACCUCCUCGGGUAGUCCCAAAGAAGGUGCCGGCGGUUUAGCGGGUACUGGUUCAUAUCCAUCGCCUAACAUUUCGGUGGGUCCACCCAUACAACCCUCGCCACACCUGUUGCCUUACCUGUAUCCCCAUGGUCUCUACCCGCCACAUCAUUUGGGUUUACUGCACAAUCCGGCUGCAGCGGCUGCUAUGAAUCCCACCGGUCUCAAUCCCGGCCUCUUAUUCAACGCUCAACUUGCCUUAGCCGCCCAGCAUCCCGCCUUAUUUGGUCAUUACUCAGGACACACACCGACCUCUCCCCUGCAGGGUCUUAAGGGUCAUCGGUUUUCACCUUAUAGUCUGCCCGGCAGCUUAGGCUCGGCCUUUGAUGCCGUGACACCCGGUUCGAAUGCCAAUCGCGGUGGUAACGAGGGACCCUCAGCCAUGUGUAGUGGGUCGGGUGGUUUAGAGCAUGGACCACGUAGUCUUAGCUCUAGUCCCAGACCGCGUGCCUCCUCGCAUUCCCCUCCUACGCGUCCCAUCUCAAUGUCGCCCACCACACCACCGUCACUACUCAAACGAACCAACUCACCGUCGGAGCUCAAAAGCAUCGAAAACAUGGUUAAUGGCCUAGAGGUGCAGCAUAAUGGCAGUGUUUGCAGCACCAGCGGUUCCAUGGAUGAUUUGCAGAGAAAGUCACCCUGUAUUUUAACGGAUCAGUGACAAUUGUAUGACCGGGACGACAACGAUCGCUCGUCCGUCAUCGAUCUCGACGAUGUGUGACUAAAUAGUUACUCGCUACCCCUUAGUGGCCCACAUAGCGCUUGGCAGAGCUUAAGGGGCAUCAAUUACACUUAUCCAACCCAUCGUCAAAAUGCAACAUCGUCCUGUUGAUCAUUAACGGUAAGAAUUUAAAUCGUGUUAAGUUUUAAAUUACAACAAAUGCUACAACUUGAAAAAAAAAUAAUAAUUUUGUCAGACAUUAUUCCUAUUCCCCUAUUCAGUUGCUAUUUCCCUUUUUAAUUUCUUUUAAAUAACAUUCUAUUAUCCUGGUAAUUUUUUUUCUUUUCUAUUUUAAUAAUUUAAACCAAAGACCAAUAUUUUUUUUAAUUUUUUUCUUUUUUUUAAUAAAAAAAACGUAUGAUUUCAUUAAUUAAAAAAAUACGUUAAUUGUACAAUAAAAGUGUAAAUUUAUAAGUUGUGUAAUGUACAUUUAGUAUUAUUUUUUUAGAGUAAAUCAUUCGAUUGUGUGAAAUUUUGAAUCCAUUAUGUUCCUUUAAAACUGAACUGUCAAACAACAGUGACGUUUAUAAUUUACAAGUUAAAGAAAAAUAGUAAUAAAAAAAAUAACAAAAUGCAAAAAAAACAACACAUUUCCUGUAACCGUCAACUUGAUAUAAAUAUUAUUUUUAUGUUUAUUUUUAAUUUAAUAUUUAAUAAGUUUUUUUUUUAAAUAUAUAAGAUUUUCAUUUUAAAAGAAUUAAUUUAAUAAUUAAUUCCUACACGCCUCUAGUUACAUACAAAACAAAAUUUCAUUAACAAUAACAAAUCCAUGGCAAAUGUAAACGCACACCCUUUUUAAAUCCCACUAGGACUAUGGUUGCAAAAUGUAAACUAAAUUCUACACAAUUGCACCUAAAUUACUGCUUAAAUUAAUAACAUUAGCAGGGAUGUAUUUUAGAGUAGUAAAAUUUGAAAAUUUUAAAUAUUUGUGACAACAAUUUGGAAAAUUAUAGACAGUAACUUUAAAACCACACAAAGCAAUAUUAAUUUUUAAUAGAAUUUCAUAAUAUUUCUUUUAAAUUCGACAGUAUGGAAUCGUAAUCGUUCACAUUAAGUCAAAAGUUGUUUACACUAAAGGACAUACAUAUAUACGUAUAUACAUUUGGAGAUCUGAGUUUAAAUUCUUUAAAAAUCGUUUAGCCAAAAACUAUUUCAAAAUUGCCAGACAAAAAUGUAUGACAAUGGCUUGAUCCGAAAACUUAUAUUGAGCUACAGAUUUCAAAUAUUACAAUUCUAAACAGAAAUUUAUAAAAUUUAUUGUUUUAAACUAGAUCAUUGUCCUAUGUCUGACAAAAAUGUAUGAUAUCAGCUUGAUCCGAUAACUUCAAUUUAAAAAGUUGUAAAUCUAUACAGAAAUUUAUAAAAUUUAUUGUUUUAAGCUAGAUCUUUGUAAUAGAACACAUAAAUGUCUGAUUAAACAUCCGACGUUCAAGUAAGACUUUUUUGGAAAAUCAACAUUAACAAAUAUUGAAGGAAUUGAAGGAUAGAACUCAACCAAGUAAUUUGUAGGACAAAAACUCAUCCGACAUGUUUAAUUCGAAAGAAACAUCCUAUGACACAACUUUCAAACAACAAAAAAUACAUUUCUUUUAGAAGUUUCUCCUCCACUUUUUCAACCAUUCUGUGUGCGAUUAAUACUGUUAGAUUUUUGAAAUUGUAUGAAAUUAAUUUAAAUUGAAAAAUGCAAAUAUUACCGAACAAAAAAAAAAACAACAACAAGUGCAUUAGUACAUUGUAACAAGUUUGUAAAAAAAAUCUAAUCUAUGUCCCCAACGACAUAAUUACAACUAUAAAAUGUGUAAAUAGAAAAAAAAUAUUAUGAAAAAAAUUAUAAAAAAACUUGUAUGUUAAAGUAAAAAAAGAUUUAUAACUAAUUAUAUAUAUAAAAAAUAAUUAGCAUAAAAACACGUAUA